UCCAAGCCCAAGAACGCCCCGAACGCCGGCCCCACUCCUGAUGCCUCUCAGCCGGUGGUCAACCCUUACAACCCUUCGGGAAUACCACUUGUCUUUCAGAAUGCAAACUGUUAUCAACCGAUGCCUCGAGUAAACAACCCAUCGAUGGUCGCCACCAAUACUCCAUACCCUACACCCCAAUAUCCGGGUCAAUAUCCUUACCCAACACCGGGCAACCCGACACAGCCCUAUAUCCCCCCGAUCUCCACGUCCAACCCAUACCCCCCUUAUACCCAAUCCAACGCUUUCGAGACGCCUUAUCCGCCACAAUCGGUCACAACUACAUCGCAGUUAAGUCCGGGAACGGGAACC